AUGUUGCUUCUCUUUAUAGUCUUAACUUUUGGCGCUGGCUUGCAAGUUAAAGGGCAGUUUGUAGCCGCUCCAGGGUCUCAUGACUUUGCAAUAUCAUCAGAAUCCCAAUUGUCAUUGUUGAAGUUAAAAGAAACCCAAGUAAACAAUCUGCAGAGCUAUAACGAAGUAUUAAAGACGCACUUAAGAAAAAUAAAUCUAGCCAUUAAGCAUUCGGAAGAUCUGUUAAAAGCCCCGGCUCAUAACUUAUUGUUUGGAUUUAAGCUGCUGAGACACGUUUACAAGGACUGGCCUCAGUACUUACAAUUAUUUAAAAAAGCACUGGGCACCAAAGAGAUUUCGGUUUCUCAAGAAUUAUUGAUACAGCAACCAACUUCUACGGACUUUGAGGAAUCUUUGGGUGCUAUCUAUAGACUUCAAACAGUAUAUAAUUUGGAUCCCUAUGACAUGGCAGAAGGCAUAUUAGAUGGAAAAGAUUACAAUCUCAAGAAUUGGAGUAUUGAUGAAUGUUUAAUACUCGGUCUAAUGCACCAAUACUUAAAACAUUACAAUGAAUCGGAGAACUGGUUUCAAUUGGCUUUGUAUUAUCACGAGAACCAUCCAAAUCCCGACGAGCUAAAAAUUAAGCUUUGGAAAUAUCCCAACUUGUUGGAAUAUCUAAUGGAGGCCAACAAGGGUCUUGGGCGUUACUUGGAGGCUAUUAAAUUCGCGAAAGAGCUACUUUCGAUUCUUCCCAAUGACAGUUAUAUGCUGAAGCAACUGGAAAAACUGGAACAUUUGCAAGCGAGUCCACCCGAACUUACAAAAACGCGGAGAGAUUAUCAGAUUCAGAAAGAAAUAUGCUCAAAACGUUAUCGGAAAAAAUCCACAAAUCUUCUUUGUCAUCUUGUAGAUUGGACGCCAUUCCUACAAUUGGCGCCCUUAAAAAUGGAGGAGCUGUCAAUGGAAACAGAAAUCAGUAUUUAUCAUGAUUUCCUUGGUGAAAAGGAUAUAGAAAUAUUAAAGGACGCGUCCAGACCAAAACUUCAACGUAACGAACACUUAUCAUGGAACUGCAGUUGCAAAAUCGCAAAGCUUUCCAGCUCUUCGCAUGAUAUUGCUCGAAAAAUUAAUGGUCUGAUAUUAGAUGUCACAGGAUUCCGAGCGAAGGGAAAUCAAAUGCUGGAGGUCAUUAAUUAUGGUAUGGCUGGAAAUUAUAAUCCAGAUGACACAGCCAAAUCCACGACCUACGACAACGUAAACGCUUUGAUAUUUUUGAGCAAUGCUGAAAAGGGCGGAGAAAUAGUAUUUCCUUCAAGACAGAUAAAAGUAAAACCUAGGAAGGGUUCUAUGCUAGUUUGGGAAAAUAUCAAAGACAGUGUUAUAUAUCAUCAGUGCCCGAUCCUAAAAGGAAAUAUGUGGGUGUCUAACAAAGUGCUGAACUGA